AUGAAAGGUUGGAUGUGUCCCCAAAAAAUACCUUAAAUUAGAUUUCGAUACCAAAAAAGUCGGAAUGGGGAUGAGGACUGCUUGAAUUAGAUAAUAGGCAUCUCAUUUAAUUUGGAUCGUGAAAAUAGGAUAAUUAGUUAAAAAUUAGGAGGAGGGGAGAUGUAAAUCAAAGAGUUAAGAGAUUUUUUGAGAUCGAGGAUAAAUUAGUACAAAUUUCAUGAUUAGUUCAGAGUUUUGAAAAAAAUAGGAAAAGGCAAUUUUGCAUCAGUUUAUUUUAUAGAAAGAAUUGAAGAUGGGGAAUAAUUCGCAGUCAAAGUAUUUUCAAAAUAAGCUGCCUAUGGUGAAGAGAAUGGAAAGGAGUCAAUUUUAAAUGAAAUCAAAAUUAUGAGGGAGUUAAAUAAUGAGCAUUUAAUGAAAUUGAAUGAUGUCUUUGAAAGUGACAAUUUCAUUUACAUGGUGUUGGAAUUGCUAUCUGGAGGUUCAUUGCUUGAUUUGAUUGGGCAGAAAAAGUUAUUUCAAUUGUAAGAAAUCUAACAGUUACUUGGAGGCCUCUUGUUGGGAUUAAAGGAAAUGCAUCAAAAGGAGAUUAUGCACAGAGACAUCAAAUUAGAAAAUAUUCUAUUCAAAUCAUAGAAUGAAUUACCAUCAGUAGUGAUAGCAGACUUUGGGUUGGCUACUCAUGUUAAUCAAAAUAAAUAUUUAUACUAUAGAUGUGGAACUCCAGGUUACGUGGCUCCAGAAGUAAUUAAUAACAAGGAUGGAAAAUUAAAAUACUCAUCCAUUUGUGAUAUAUAUAGUCUGGGUCUAGUUUUUUACAUUUUACUAUCCGGAAGACCAGCAUUUCCAGCUAAAACAUAUAGAAGAAUGAUCAAGCUAAACCGAGAGGCUGUGAUUGAUUUUUCUAUAAAAUAAUUUGAAAACUUACCAGAUGAUGCGAUGGAUCUGUUGAAAAAAAUGUUAGAAAAGGAUCCUAAAUAAAGGAUAGAUGUUUCGACUUGUUUAAAUCAUUCUUUCAUCAGUGAUGUUGCUAAGAAGAUGGAGGAGACUGAAAUCAAUGAAGAUAGCGAUAAUGAUUUGGGUUAAACUGAUGAGAGAUCUGAUGUUGGGAGAAGGAUCAAUUAAAUUAAUCAACAAUAUUUUGUAUUUGAAGCAAGUAAACAUGUGAAUUCUCCAAAUUCAUCAUCAGAUGAUUCUAAUGAAAAUAUCUUAUAAUCCGCGACAAAAAGACAAAAGGAAAUUGAUUCAACACUAUUCCUUUCAGGUCAAUCACCUUCAUUCAAAGCCAGAAUUGAAUCAAUUGGAAGUGUUCAUUCUAUUGAUAUUUACUCACCAUAAUUAAGUCAUCAUUAAUCUCCAGUAGUUAAAUAGUCUAAAUUUGGUUUGAAUAGAGAGAAAAGUAAAUAAACUAUUCUCAAACGUAUCACAAACAAUUGA